AGAGCAAGCCAACUAUCAUGGAGAAAGGACAUGGACCCCCUCCUCAUAUUUCAGCACCACCUUACCCUGGCCCUCCUAUGGGAUUUGCACCUGCAGUUCGACCUGCUCAACAGCCUGCUUACCAAUACAAUGCACAGCAGCCAGUGACAGUUCAACCUGUGGCCCAGGUGGUGGUGGUGAACAACAACCAGCUGGGAGACGUUCCUGGACAUAUGGCUUGUCCUCAUUGCCACAGUAACAUUAUCACUCGAACUGAGCACACAAGCGGUCUGCUCACAUGGCUGAUCUGCUGCACACUCGGACUUUUCCUCAUCUGGCCUUGCUGCUUGAUCCCCUUCUGCGUGGAUUCUUGCAGAGACGUGGAACACUACUGCCCCGUCUGUAACAACGUCCUUUACAGAUACAAACGCCUGUGAGCAGAACUGCAGUGUAAAACCUUCAGAUCGCAUCAU